UGGUGACGUGUCGGUUUGUUUACAGCGGGUGCUCGCGCUGCAGCGGCUCAGACAUGGCUGUGGAUAUAACUUUACUUUUCAAAGCUAGUGUCAAGACCGUCAAAACCAGGAACAAGGCCAUAGGAAUCGGCUUUGACUCCACCAAAGAUGAAAUUUUCAAGAGAAGCAGACCAAAGGGAGGCUUCUCGCCGAAAGCGAAAGAAGUGAUCACGAACAUCACCAAGCUCAAAGAGUUUCUGCUACAACACAGAAAAGAUUAUGUGAGCGCCGGAAGUCUGAUUUCAUCAGAUCUUACCCGUAUGACGGACAGUGAACGAGAUCAGAUCGACCAAGAUGCUCAGAUCUUCAUGAGGACCUGCUCUGAAGCCAUCAAGCAGCUGCGCAAUGAAGCGGAGAAGCAGGUGAUGUCAGCUCAGAUAAAGGAGCACAGGGGGGCAGUGCUGGACCUCGUUGAAAUGUAUCUAAAAGGAGUGUGUAAAAUCUAUUCUGAGCAGAGAGCAAUUAGAGUCAAGAGAAUGGUUGACAAGAAGAGGCUAUCAAGACUGGCACCGGAGCAUCAUAGACGAGUGGAGAAAACUGCAGAAGUGGAGCCCACACAGGAGAAGAUUGUCAAGGAGGAAAGUUCUGAGAAGAGUGUGUCUGAGGUCCUGGAUGAUCCUGUGAACCCCUGGGAGGAGAGCCGAGUGGAGGAUGAGCUGUCUCCCGAAGAGAUCCAGAUGUUUGAGCAGGAAAACCAGAGGCUGAUCAGUGAGAUGAACAGCCUGGUAGAUGAAGUGAAGCAAAUCGAGGGGAAAGUGGUGGAAAUAUCGAGACUUCAGGAGAUCUUUGCUGAGAAAGUCUUGCAACAAGAAACUGAGAUAGACAGUAUUCAUCAACUAGUUGUGGGUGCAACAGAGAACGUCAAAGAAGGCAAUGAGGAUAUACGAGAGGCAAUCAAAAACAACGCUGGCUUCAGAGUAUGGAUCCUCUUUUUCCUUGUUAUGUGCUCGUUCUCUCUGCUCUUCCUGGACUGGUAUGACAGUUAACACAACUGCCACAAUGGACUGUGCGACAGGACACCGCCUGAAGCCAGUGAUGACAACACUGAGACUGAAUGUACAGUUUAUUUUGCUGGAUCUGGUGGACAGCUUGUUCAUUAUGAAGAUUGUGUCUUCAAGCAGAGACAGCAGUUUGUUGGUCCCUAUUCAUCUUUGUCUGUGCUUCCAGGGUGGCUUUGAUGUAUUAAUGCACUUCUGUAGAGGCAAAGUCUGUAUGGAGCACCAUGCCCACUUUAACAAUUUGUCCUGUGUAGAACAGUUGGCCUUUCUCUACCACUAAAACAAUGAUAAUGGUUAUUUUGGUAGCACAAAUUUUUGUGAAACUGAAAUAACAAAGCCUCAUUUCUGCUGCUCCUCUUUGAAGCAGAAUUCAAUGCACUAGAGGACACUUGACUCUUGCCUUCUCAUGUAUGUGAGUAGAUUAUGGAUUUCUCCCACAAUGCUAUACUGUAACUUAUUACAGUUAUUACAGAUUACUGUAACUUAACACUCUCAAAUGCUGAAAAUGUUUUGCUUUCCAGGCAGCUGUCAGCAGCAGAGAAUUUUAUUUAGCAUCUAUGACAGCAUAACUGUACCAACACACCACUUACAUUCUAGUAAAGCUAAGCAAUAUGCCUGA